UUUAUAUUUGCCAUCACCCACUAUCUUCCUCAGUUGUUGUUGUUAUUUGUCUAAACUCACUAAGAAUUGUUGUAAAGGGUCAAGUCAACUUGUACUCUAGGAUAAGUAGGAGCCUGUCUCCCAACAAUAGCUAACUCUGAAACUAAACUAGCCUGUCUAGUUCUUAGUCUAUACAAGAAAGAGCUCAACAACUAUAGUCCCAAAGAACACCUGCCAACAAAAUGUCCAGCAAACUGACAAUUACAGAUCUUCAGUGGAUAGCAACAGAGCUGCUACUAGCUAAAAACAAAUGGCAGGAUAUAGGAUUGGCACUAGGUCUUGCAGAUCACGACAUAGAGGGAAUAGACGGCAUAAACCCCCAAAAAGGACUAACAAAAAUGCUGUCUACUGUUCUCCAAAGGAGAGCUGAUCUCACCUGGGAAAAAAUUAUUGCCGUCUUAAAAACCCCAUUAGUAUCACAAGAUGCUCUAGCAGACAAACUAGAAUUAAACCCAAAAAUAGGCAAGCCAAAGGGUCAAGGAGCCUCAAAGAAGCCAGAACUGAUUCAAAAAGACUCAAGCUCUAAAGCUAAAUAUGACUCCAUUGAUGGUGUACCAAACAAAGACCCUGAAUUAAACCCAAAAAUAGGCAAGCCAAAGGGUCAAGGAGCCUCAAAGAUGCCAGAACUGAUUCAAAAAGACUCAAGCUCUAAAGCUAAAUAUGACUCCAUUGAUGGUGUACCAAACAAAGACCCUGAUAUGAGUCCACAACCAUAUGCAAUGAAAAAUCGACAAGCUCUGAUCAUCAACAUCAUCCAGUACAAUGAAGAAAUGAAAACGAGACUCGGCUCAAACAAAGACAAAGAUGCACUGGAAGAAACGUUAAAAAUGCUGGGAUACACUGUGCAUAUUGAAACAGACCUAAAACGCGAUGAGAUAAUUCCAAAAGUUCUCGAACAUGCAGAAAAAGACAAACACUGCGACAGUUUUAUCUGCUGCAUCUUGGCACACGGUAAUCAGGGUGUGGUAUAUGGGUCCGAUGGAGAGAAAUUAGAGAUAAAAGACAUUUCAAAGGCACUUAACGAGGUAACACAAUUGAGAGGAAACCCGAAAAUAUUUUUCUUUCAAGCUUGUCAGGGAAGUGAUAUUCCAAUAGCUCUGGCCGAGGUUGAUGAUUGGUCCAGUACAAGCAGUGCUAAGCCUAUAGAAAUAGAUGCAGCCAUUCCGAAACUGCCUCGAGAUAGCGAUUUCUUCUACGGCUGUGCAUCGUCUUUUGAAACUGCCUCCAUGCGAGACACUAACGAAGGCUCACUGUACAUACAGGCCCUUUGCCGAGUCUUGAAGAGCAAGUACCAAGAAGAAGAUCUUCUAACCAUGGUUACCAGGGCCCACUAUCUAGUUGCUGAGGAUGAACGACAACUUAAAAAAGGGAAAAAAUAUGUCUACUACCAACAGCAACCACAGCUAGUAUCCACCUUAAGGAAGCAAGUGCACUUUUAGUACGUAUAGAACACACAGAUGUAGCAACGUAAGAAAUGCUUAGCACAUGUAUAUACAUGCAUGUACAGUAAUAUAAUUAUAGUUUUAUAAUUACACUCACAUUUGUUAAUUUGUACAUGUAGUUUCCUUCUCAAUCAAAUUACUGAAAA